CUUGUCUUGGUCAACUUACGCGGUCUAGCAAACCCCUGUUCUUGACUGCGUCGCUAUUUGCUAUUUCCUUUAAUUCAAAGUUUAUGCUUAGGGAGCUUAUUUUGUUUAAUGAUCUGUUCAUGCUCAGAUAUAUCCAACUGGACGACUUUUGAGUCAAACAAGGGGUUUUUAUUGGUUGUGUGGGUAGGCAAGUUUUGUUCGAUCCAGUUUGUUGGAGUUAUUCUCAUCCUGCGCAUUCCAUUUUUGGCUUUUUGAUUCCGAAGUUUAGAAUUUCACGAGAGAAAAGGAUAUUUUGGGGUGCGGGGUUGACUACACAAUUUGAUUUUUAGUUGAAAUUUAGCAGUGGGUCGCAAAGGUUUCUUAUGAAGAGUCUAGGAUUGAGGCAUCUGUAGUUGUUGCUUAUUGGACAUAUAUUUCUGUUUGGUGGUUAUCUGUGAGAAGACCUGAGGUUUAGGGUUUUCUAGGAUUCUUGGGAUUGAUUUUUCUGAUGAUCGAUGAAAAGCAUUGAGUGGGAUUUGGAAGUUGAUUCAAGACCAAAUGUGUAUUCACAGAGUACUUCUGUUAGUUUUGUCUGUGAUUCUGAUUGUCACUUUGGAAGGAGCAAGUCAAGAGACCAAGAGGCCAGAAGAAGAUUUAUUAGCCAGUCUAAUCAACUCAGGGGAUAUAAAUCAUGAUGAGGCUGAGCUAGUAUGGCUAAACUGUAGGAUAGAGUUGAUAAAUGCCAAGGAAGCAGUUGAAGAUCUUGAACUUUUUGUCCAAGAGGGACAGUACAGUGGGAAGAAUGAAAUCAUUUCUAGAAGAAGGCAACCGACCAAAACAGACAUGCAGAAAUAUGAGAGUCUUGUGCAUCCACUGGUGAAACAAACCCUUCUGGAUUGUUUACAGAAGAACAAUCUUGAAUUUCUUGUCUCUGGGGAGGAAACGGGCUCAAAAACUUGGUAUACGUGGUUUUUGGAUUUUUUAUUUGCUAGGCUUGAUACUCCCAAACGACGAGAAUUAGUUCAGAACUCUGGAGAAGCACCUGCACCGGCCCCCAUAGAAGCAUCACCUGGUCCAAUUUCUGAUUCUCAACCACCCACUUUGCCUCCAAAGGCUCCAAUAGUGCCAUUCUUUCCACCUUCUAACAGUUCAAGCCUGCAACCUGUAGCUAGUGAGCCUUCUACUUCAGGUGCGCUAUCAGAAGAGCAAACUAGCAAGCACAGAACAGUGGUUGUCGCUGUUACUGUGACUGCUACAGUGACACUAUUUGUGGUUGCCCUACUGCUUUUAUGCUAUUACAAGGUUUGCAAGGGUGGAUCCAGAAAGGGACAAAAUGAUGAGAGGCCUCUAUUGUGCUUAAGCUUAAGUGACUACCCUAUUGUUUCGGACUGUUCAGGGAAAUCGUUUGCUUCAGGAAAUUCAUUGAACAAUGAAAAAGCUGGUAACCAUUCACUUAAUCACCUGUCUGGAGGCAAUUUCUCCACGAAUCACCACUUCAGUGGCAAUUCCUUCAUGGAACCCCAGACAUCCAGUACCUCUAAAAUGGAGGUUCCAUUAGGAGCUGUUUCCUCUGCUGCUGUCACCUCAGUAGCGGUUUCUGGACAAUCAGCACCUGGACAGUUGGGCAUGGCUGGGCUACCUCCACUGAAGCCUCCCCCUGGGAGGGUAAAUCCCCCUGUGGCUCCAUCAGCCAAAGUAGGGCUUCCUGUUUCCCCUUCUCCGGCUAAAACAGCCCUCGUGCCUCCCACUCCUCCAGCUAAAGCAGCUCCCACGGUUCCCCCUCCUUCAGCUCCCGCUCCUCCCCCUUUACCACUAAGGCCGUCCACUGGCGGCCCACGUCCUUCCCCACCUGGGCCACCACCACCUCCUGUACCUUCUGGUAAGGCUGGUCCACGUCCACCACCACCGCCAGCUCCUAUGGGCUUGAAGCCACCUCAGCCACCACCUGUUCGACAAAGUCAUUCUUCAACAAGUGCUACUGGAGAGGGAGCGGCCGAUGGUCCAAAAACAAAGUUGAAGCCUUUCUUCUGGGACAAGGUCCUAGCCAACCCUGACCACUCAAUGGUUUGGCAUCAGAUAAAAUCAGGAUCCUUCCAGUUUAAUGAAGAGAUGAUAGAGAGUCUAUUUGGUUAUGCUUCUUCUGAUAAAAACAAGAAGGAGACCAAGAAAGACAAUCCAUUGCAAGAUGCUUCUAACCAGUAUAUUCAAAUUAUUGAUCAAAAGAAGGCACAGAACUUAGCAAUUAUUCUAAAAGCUUUAAAUGUGACAACUGAAGAAGUUUGUGAUGCUCUUAAGGAAGGACAUGAGCUUCCAUCAGAAUUGCUUCAAACUUUGCUGAAGAUGACACCAACAUCUGAGGAAGAGCUGAAGCUGAGGCUCUAUAAUGGAGAGCUUUCUCGACUUGGGCAUGCUGAGCGGUUUCUGAAAGUCCUAGUUGACGUUCCAUUUGCCUUCAAGAGGCUGGAAUCAUUGCUUUUUAUGUGCACCUUUCAGGAGGAGGCAUCCAUGGUUAAAGAAUCAUUUGCAACCUUGGAGGCUGCUUGCACAGAACUCCGCAAAAGCAGGCUGUUUCUCAAACUGCUAGAGGCAGUUCUAAAAACAGGAAAUCGCAUGAAUGAUGGAACAUACCGUGGUGGUGCACAGGCAUUCAAACUUGACACACUACUAAAGUUAUCAGAUGUGAAAGGGACAGAUGGAAAGAUUACACUGUUGCACUUUGUUGUUCAGGAGAUAAUCCGCUCUGAAGGCGUACGAGCUGCAGGUGCCACGACUGAUGAGCCAUCCCAGGAUUUGGAAGAGUAUCAUCGAACCCUUGGUCUACAAGUUGUGUCAGGUUUAGGUAAUGAGCUUGAGCAUGUGAAGAAUGCUGCAGUGCUAGAUGCGGAUAGCUUAACAACAACAGUUGCCAGUCUUGGUCGUGCGUUAGUAAAAGCCAAGAGUUUCCUAAAUUCAGUGACGGACCAAGUGGGUGAAGACGAUGGGUUUAUCCAGACACUAAAGAAUUUUGUGCAGAAUGCUGAAGUUGAUGUGAUGUGGUUGCUUGAAGAAGAGAAGCGGAUCAUGUCUCUAGUUAAGAGCACCGGUGAUUACUUCCAUGGAAAUGCUGGGAAGGAUGAAGGCCUGCGGUUAUUUGUUAUAGUUCGUGAUUUUCUGAUAAUACUAGAUAAGGUAUGCAGAGAAGUUGGCGCUGCAAAAAUGAAGACAAAAUGGACUCCACGGAAAGAGAAUAUGGCAGUUGCUUCUUCAGAACCACGACAAUCUCCUCCUCCCGAUCCUCGUCAUAAACUUUUUCCAGCAAUCACUGAUAGGCGAUAUGACAGUUCCAGCUCUGAUGAUGAGGCAUAGCUAUAUCAAGUGUGCAAGUCCUGACUCCUGACCUAUUUUAGUGGUUGGUCACACUCUGAUCUGCAAUAAUUUGAGGUAUUAUGUUAUAAUCAGUGUCAGAACCCUGUGUUUAAACAUUUACUUGGUUCAUUCUAUUUUAAGUGAGUGCAGAGAUGUAGGAGCAGGUAAAAAGAUGGGUAUGAUCUUUGAUUCGUUGCACGACAAACUUCUGUGGUACGAGGAUGAUCUGCAACUGUAAGAUUGCGGUCUUCAGGUCUUUUGCUGCAAUAGGUAGAAAAAUUAACUUGGCAUAUCCUCUCCCCCUUGUAAUUCUUAAUUUUGUUUUUAAUUGUUUAUUUGAUUGUGUAAUUAAGCAAGGUAGUCUGGCCAUUAUUUAGCAAUCCUAGCCAUGUCUUGAAAGAAAUGAUGACUUUUUCACCAGCAACUUGUAGAUGAUCUGAUUAUAUUCUUUGCCUC